AUGGAACCUCAAAAACCAGUCGUAGUCAUUGUGCCGGGCUCUUAUCACCGACCCUUCCAUUACCGCAAGGUUGCCGACCCCCUACGCGCCCAGGGGUAUGAAGUGCUCUCCUUUGACUUGGCUGUUUGUGGAGAAUCAGUGGAUCCCGAAUUGAGCUUCUUCGACGACGCAGCUGUGGUCAGAGAGCAUCUACUUCCACUACUCGAUCAAGGCAAAAAAGCCGUUGUCGUCUCUCACAGUUAUGGCUCUCUGCCCGUGAGCGCACUCGUUGAGGGUCUUACAGUUGCUGAACGCACUGAGAAGGGUCUUGAGGGUGGAAUCGCUGCUGUGGUCAAUAUCGCCGGAUUCGUGUUUCCUAUUCGCGGCAAGAGCAUCUCGGGUAACGAGCAGAACCCUCCUCCGCCACCUUACCAGACCUGGAAGGACGGUAUUGCACACCUCCUAGACACGGCUAGACCGCUGUUCUUUUCCGAUCUCUCCCCCGAAGAAGCAGAAGACGCAUGGGCGCAUCUGCACACGAAACAAACCACAAAGAGCUUCCACACAUGGCCGCAGUGCGUGGAGAAAGAAUACCGAUGCCCCAAGACCUAUGUGUUGUGUGAAAAUGAUGCCGCGGUGCCACCUCCAUUCCAGGAACAGAUGGCUGAGCUUGGUGGGUUUGAGAUCGUCAGAGUCAAGUCAGGCCAUGCUCCAUUUUUGACCAUCCCCGACGAGGUUGUGGCGAUCAUCAACAAUGUUGCUCAAUCUGUCAACUAG